AAAUAGUUCUCGUUCGUGACCAGUGUAUUAAUUUGGAUAACAUCAUGUAUAUACAGCAAGCCAUGUAUAUGCGCAGACUAGCAUAAUUGCAUUCCCUGACCAGCCGCAGUCGAGUGUGCGUGGCCGCUCUCCUUGGCAGCACAGUCAAUUGUUUGCGCUUGGUUUUAUCUCAAUCUCAAAAUUCACCAUUCCAACAUAGCUAGCUGGGUAAAAAAAAAAAAAAGUAUAUUCCAGGCAGACAAUCUGAGUUGUUGACAAGCAAUGCAACAUUAAUGAGGGACUGACUACACUUCGGAAAAAGUCUGACCCUCUGCAUCCCAGCGUCAAACCCAUGACUGAUUCUGACUUGGAAAGGAGCUGUGAAUUUGUUUGUGAUUUAAACAUUCAAGAGGCGGCAGAGAAUGAAUGCUUCUGUCACCUGCAGCUGUCAGGCUACACGCACUGAGGUUUUUCCUAUCUUUUUGUCAGGGGGUGAGCUCAGGUCUGAUUAGCCUAUUACAAGAGAGAAUCCAUUUUUUUUAAAUGGAAAUGAGCUUAUAUGGGAUCAUAGACUACAUGGCUAUUAUAACAAACUCCUUUUUUUUGCAGACAACUCUAAUUCCUUUAAAUUAGCAUCUGUAGAUUUAUGAGGAGGCGGCACCACUUAAGUAAAGUAUGACACGUCAUUCACAUGGAUUUUCUUAUUUUUGGACAUCUAACCAAACCCACUGAUACAUUACUUUUAGUAGCCUAAAACAGUGUAGGCUAGCGAUAUAUAAAUUACAUGGUCGUUUAAGGUGCAAUGCUAUUUUGUGGAUUGAAGAGGCAUUUGUCAUUUAUGAGAUAUGCAUUUUAGGUCUAGUUAUGUUUGCAGUGUUUAAUAGUAAUGCAGUAGACUGUUGUAUGAUAAUUUCUCACCUGAGUUUAUUUUGUGUUUUGCAUGAUUCGUUUAUCAUUUCCGUAGACAACUGAAAGAAGCUGUCAAUAUCUAGGCUAUGUCACGAGCUGUUGGGCAGGGUUUAGGCUACUGUGUAACUUACUGAGCGGUGAUUGGAGGGAGUAGCGAUUUACUUUCCUCUGUUUGUACAGUGCUGAGUCUGCGCCCACACAGACACCACAUAGACUGACACACCCAGCUCCAGUAUAUAAUAGUGCUGCUCAUUCACUUGCCAAUCCAGUCCUCCCACAACCUGCUGCUCUCCCUCACUCGCACGUCUACUGAAAGUGACUGAAGCUAUGGCAGGACCCAGGCCAGUGGUGCUGAGUGGCCCGUCGGGGGCUGGGAAGAGCACGCUGCUCAAGAAGCUGCUCAAGGAGUACGAGGGCAUCUUUGGCUUCAGCGUCUCACACACAACAAGGAGCCCUCGUCCUGGUGAAGAGAAUGGUAAAGAUUACCAUUAUGUUACAAGGGAGUAUAUGCAGGCCAGCAUCGACAAAGGGGAGUUCAUUGAGAGCGCAGUGUUUUCCGGGAACAUGUAUGGGACGAGCAGGGCCUCCGUGCAGGACGUCAAGGACAAGAACCUGAUCUGCGUCCUGGACAUCGACAUGCAGGGCGUUAGGGCGGUCAAGACGACAGACCUCAACCCCAUCUACAUCUUCAUCCAACCUCCGUCCAUGAGCAUCCUGGAAAAACGUUUAAGAGACCGAGAGACAGAGUCAGAGGAGAGCCUCCAGAAACGUUUGCAUGCUGCCCAGGUGGACAUGGUGAUAAGCAAAGAUCCUGGCAUAUUUGACGUUGUCAUUGUCAAUGAUAGUCUUGACGAUGCCUAUGGGAAGUUGAAAGACACUCUUAUUGAGGAAAUCAAAAAAGUCCAGAAAACCAACUUGUCCUCUUAAGCGACGAGAAGCAUGACAUCCAUCCCAGCCGUCCUGGCCACUCCUUACAAAAUGUCAGCCCCUCUAUUCCAAUCCUGAACUUUCUGUCAGAUACUGGUGUGGGAAGGAACUCCAGACAACAUCCCUUGCACCUAGACUUUUGAGUGUGCACUAAGAUCUAGCCUAUGUUUUUACAUAUUGGGAGGAUAUAGGUAGGUAUUAAGAUGAUGAAAACUGUAAGUAGAAGUGGACUAUUUAGCUUUAUUUACUCAUUCGGCACAGUUUUAUUUAUUUUUUGUCCACAAAGAAAAACACUCCAUUAAUGUUUAACCUGUGACUGAGAUGGUCCCUAAUAAGUUUUUCUUCUAUGUUUACUGCAUACAGGAGUUUCUGCCAUUUUUUUUUCUCUUCUGCCCAUUUAGUAGUAUUAUACCCCCAAAGCAUUAACUGUGUUCUCUCUGCUCUUCAACAACAGAAGGCCAUAAUAACAAGACUCAUUCCCACUAAUGGCAGUAUUGUAGUACUCAAGACCACAUUGAGUGUCUCAGUGUUGGAUACAUUUGUACUCGGUCUUAACUCAGUCUGGGACCAGCCGAGAUCAGCAGAGUAAAAAAAACGCCUAAUUACCAGCUUCCAUUCAGUCAGAGCAUAAAACUGCUUCUCCAGGCCAAAUAUAUACACUCCUAUCUUGAAACAUAAAUACCUUAACAGCUUUUAUAUCUAGUAUGGACAUGUUUUCUCAGUGGUGAACCUAUAGGCCUUCAGUGUGACAGGUUAGUACAGUGGUGAACCUAUAGGCCUUCAGUGUAUGACAGGUUAGUACAGUGGUGAACCUAUAGGUCUUCAGUGUGUGACAGGUUAGUACAGUGGUGAACCUAUAGGUCUUCAGUGUGUGACAGGUUAGUACAGUGGUGAACCUAUAGGUCUUCAGUGUGUGACAGGUUAGUACAGUGGUGAACCUAUAGGCCUUCAGUGUAUGACAUGUUUGUCAUUCUGAAAGGACAGCAACCAUAAUUCCAGCACACUCAUGUAUGAGAGUGCACUUUUUGUAAAACACAAUAUGUAGCAAGCUAAAAAACCUGGAGCCUAACGUUAGCUAGAUAGCUACACUAACUAGCUGUUGACUGACUGACUUUUCCCCCUCAUCGUUUUUCGGUGGCUAUACACAGCUAGAGAUGCAGGUAUCAUUUGGUUAGCUAGUAAGAACUUGAACAACUGUGUUCGGAAAUGUAUUCUGGCAAAUGGCUCGUUUGUUUAAAGGCCUACUGUGGCUCUGAUUGGCUAUAGCGCACCGGUCUGUGUAGACUCCGAUCCUGGACAAGACAGAUGUUUUUAUUCUGUUUAAUUUAUGGUUUUAUUUACUGCAGUGUCUAUUAAUUGUCUAAACACACGGCUGCUUCCCCACUCUAUAUUGAUAUGGAAUUUUCACAAAUGCCUUUGUAUACGUAAUUCCCAAACAUUCUAAGAAUUUAUGAAAAUGUCAAAAUGACAAUUUUUUGGGGGGUGUGUAUAUGAUCACAUUUUUAAUAAGAUUUCCUGUUCCUAAAAUGCUAUCAGUUCCACAUUGAAAUGCAACAAUGUUUCACACACAUGUUGUAUUUUCCCUCAGCAUGCAUUUUCUCACUAUUCUGAAUGCCUAAAGAAUCCGUAUGUUGUUAAAUAUGAAAACAGAAAUACUGGACAUUUUGGUGGUGAGUUGACCAAAUUACAAUCAUGGUCUUGAAUUGGACUCGCAUUUUUCUGGUCUUGACUCUGUCUCGGACCCCUUGUCCCCUUCCCGGUCUUGACUCAGUACUGCCCCCCCCCCCCCCCCCCCCCCCCCCCCCCCCCCACACACACACACACCUCCGUCUUGGUCUUGACUCGGACUCUAUUUGCUCCGGUCUUGGUCUUGAAUUGGUCUCGCUUUACGCGGUCUCGAACACAACACUUGUGGAUAAACCAAUUUGUUCAGCAAGAGUAGACACUGGUAUGGUAUGUUCGCAAAUGGCAUUGCUGUUCUGUUUCUGUCCAGCAGAAAUGUCCUUAAACCAGUUAGUGUGGUUGUACAGAGAUGCAUUGGUUGUCGUAAUGGCCACAGCAAGGUGCCAUAGCCAGAAAUGCGAAGAGGAGAAAAUCAAUGGUUAUAUAUUUUUUAUGUUGCCUUUUCAUUAGUUUUAAAAGAGGGAUUCUUGACCCAUAGUAGUUCAUCAACAUAGGGCAGCUAACAAACAAUCACAAGGCCAGGUGCUUGGGCACUAGCUAAGCACAGGCUAACUCUGUCUCUAGAUAGUCACACGGAAGCACCAUACGUAUUACAGCUGAUCUCAGGAACUUACUGUAGCCUAGCUGCUGUUAGCUAAUGAUCCUAGUCAUCUUGUGUGUGAAAAGAUAUGUUUGAAGUUUCCCUGUUUUACCAUACUGAUACAAUUAUGAUAAAGUACAAUAUUCAUUCACUCAUAAAACAAAGGAUUGCCAUUUAGGAUUUACAAUCAUGAUGUUAACCUCUGUAUAACAAAGUUACACUUCUGGAGCCCACAACUCACGGUGAUGUAGUCUAACCCCUAAUACAUGUUUUUGUUGUUUUGACAGUUGCAUUGUAAUGGUGUAAAACUUUUGUAUUGUAUGUUUGUAAAAUAAUAAUCUCACCUAUAUUAUAAUGAUAUUCAGUUGGCCUUUUUUUGGAAAGGAAAUGUUUGAGUGAGAAUUAAAGAGAAUGAAUAUGAAAUAAAUGGAGCAAAUAUUGGCUCUGUCCUCAGGAGAAUAUAGAAAAGCGUAGAACCAAGCACACAGAGCAUUUGCUUUACUUGAAACUGGUUGCAUUGAAUUCCACAAAGCCUCUUUGUUCAAGGCAGCCUUCUAAAAAGGCUGCACUUAUUUAUUUUAAGUUUGUCGUUUAACAUGUUUUCCAUUCAGAACCCAAAUUCAGUUCAUUGGUAACUAAUAUGACAUACUCUGGCCCAUGACUCUUAAACUCCAUAGCUUCUUGUCCUCUGUAUUUGAUCUCCCUUUGAACAAAACAUUCCUUCCUUUGCACAAAUUACUUAUUGAAAUAUAUUUAUUUAACUUUUUCACUCUGAACAGCUUUUUAAUGGUGCAAAUGUUAUACCACUGCUUUGAAUGUGUCAUCUUUGGCCAAAUAUUGACAAUUUACCCAGCCUUCAACGAGUCUUUGUUUAAUAAUAUGUAUUUCUAGUAACAUUAUGUAUUUUACAAGUGUAGUCAAGUAAAUUAAUAAAAAUGUUUUGCCUGGA